AUGAAGUUUACCACCGUAUUCACUCUCGCGCUGGCGUUUGUUACCCGCAGCGAAGCUGCAGCGACCCCCACUCCAGCCCCGGGCGAACAGGACGGAUGUCUUUUCUCGGUAAACGAAAAGUUUCUCGAGUUUUUCAACGGGAAAAGCAUAGGAGGUGGAUGCGUCGGGAAAGGCCAGACGAAAGCAAUCACUCUCCCUGUCAAUUUCCCCAUUACGGUCGGCGCGGACGUCGACUGCAACGUCUUCAUGAUAAAACCCAAGGAGGCGCCGGACUCCCUUGAGCUGAACUCGGUUGGAAGAUGUCGCGUCUAA